AUCAAGUGAUAAAAAUAAUUUUAUUUAUCAGUUUUUCGCCAGUUGAUUUAACUCAAAAUACAUGUGAAUGAAAUACAUAAAAUAUGAUAACACUGCAAUAAAAUCUGUUGGAGUAAAAAGUGCUUCGAAUUUAAGUAUAUUUCGUUUAUAAUAAAAGGAUAUUAUUAUAAACCAAAAAUGAGAUGUGAAAUACCAGUUUUGCUGCGGUGUUGUUUUUGUUUUCCUUUAAGACAUGGUUUGCUUGUUUGGGCUUACAUAAAACAGAUACUCAGUGUGCUAUUCGUAGCUUAUAUGAUUUCCAAUGCAAGAUCGAACUUCUCGAGGAUGAGUGGAGGGAGCUAUGCGAUGUUUGCAAUAAGCCUUACGUUGACAGUCGUGGACAUUGUGUUUCAUGUCCUUUUUAUUAUCAGUGCGCACACAAAAGACUACAAAAAAAUGAGAAUAUUUUACAGAUACAGUAUUGUUAUAGUAGGCCUGGACUCCGGUUUGAUGAUCUUAUUGUUCAUAGCACUUUCUAUUUACUACUUAUACUUGUCACCUGUUAUUCUAAUAAUAUUGUUGUCAAUAACGUGGCCUACACUGGUGUUGUCGCUCAUAAUUGCUAUCCUCCAAGUCUACCUAAUUAUUCUCGUGAGAAGUGAAUUCGUUAAACUGAAGAAUAAUUCACAGUUCGAGUUCGUGAACAAUGCGGCUGAAGAAAAAUGUUCUGCCAACAUCGAUUUUGUUAAAGAAAUCCCUGCCGCAGUAUAAGAUUCAUCAUCAUAUCCACCAAUUACCGGCCCCCUACAGGGCACGGUUCUCCUCCCACAAUGAGAAGGGGCUAAGGCCGUCGUCCACCACGCUGGACCUGUGUGACUUGAUGGACUCCACACGCCUUAAAGAACAUUAUAGAAGCAGGCAUGCACGUUUUCACACAAAAACUCAGGAAAGUUAGAAUUGCGUGCUUGGGUUCGAACUCAGUGCAUCAUCGUUUCAGUUAUUAGUAUAAGAUUAGUAGUAGUUAAAUUUAAAAAAAAACCGCUAUUACCUAAAUAUAAUAAUGCUCAUUGUAUUACGUCAUAAUACUCUUAUCAGAGCGAUCGUAUUGUGACAAUGUUUGUAGCAAAUAUUACUCGCCUCAGUUCUUACUGCUUGCUGUCCACCUGGUAUAAUCAUGCAAAGAAGCGCGUGUCAAGUCAAGCUCAACACUCUUGGCACUAUCCCGUUCUCUUGCUGUAAGUCCUACCUACAAAGGUUGCCUGUAAGAGAUUGCUUGCAGCAAUAAAGCCGUCUUUGCAUGUCUACAUUGUGUACUGUAUACUCCUUACUGUUUCUUUUCCUGUAUGUUAUACGUGCAAUAAAGUGUUUCUUCUUCUUCUUCUCAAUCCAAAAUAAGGCACUGGAUUGGCACCAGCUGUGUUUAUAUUACACGAUAAAAUAGAAGAACCCCUCAGAUUAACUAGAACACGAAUUUCCAUUUAUGGUCAUCAUCAACACUUUACCGGCCCACUUCACGGCACAGGGAUCCUCUCAAGAAUUAGAAGUGUUUAGAUAUACAGAUUUCAUCACGAUGUUUACCGUUAAAGCAAGUUAUAUUUAAUUGCUAAAAUUAAAAACGCUCAUAGCUCCAAAAGUUAGAGGUGCGUGCCGGGGAUCUCCCCGGAAGGAAAGCCGAAGUGUUACCAAUUUUGAAGCGCGAACCGCUUAAAAACUUUAGAAGAAAACUUUAUGUUAGAAGAAAGUUUGCUUGUAAGGUCAACAUAACAUUAUAUAACGUCAAAUCGCAAGCUUAUAUUUUCGCUAAGUUACCUGUUUUGUUUAAAUAAAUUGACCUUUGCACGCCUCAUAAGCGAAGCGUUGAGGUGGGUAUUACUGUCAGUUUACGCAC